AUGGGAAAAGAGAAGAAAAAUAAUGAAGAAAAAGAAAUAGUUGCAGAAUUCCAAGUCUCAAUGCAUUGCAAUGCAUGCGAAAGAACUGUCGCUAAAGCCAUUUCCAAAUUCAAAGGGGUGGAGACGUUCAUGACGGACAUGAGAAGACACAGGGUGGUGGUGACGGGGAGGAUCAAUCCAGAGAAGGUGCUGAAGAAGCUGAGGAAGAAGACGGGGAAGAGGGUGGUGAUGGUGGUGACCGAUGAGAAAGGGGAUGAUCAGAGAGACGAGGAGAUUAUGAUGAACGCAGGAGGAGAUUUGGGAUGGAUGGGUGGUGGAGAUCCGAAUAGGACGGGUAUGGAUUCAACGCUGGUGUUUGAUGAUUAUUGGAGAGAAAAUGUUCUACUCACUAUGUUCAGUGACGAAAACCCUACUGCUUGUUCCAUUAUGUAG